AUGAGUCAGGCGCACGACAGGCAAAGAGAAUCAAUUGCUCUCAGUGGUUCGAACCCUGGCAAAUCCGUCGCUAGCAUCUUCCGUCAUCGGUCCUCCUCUAAGCGUGGUCACGAACUCCCACCCCUGCUGAAUGAUAACGAAGUCUUCCUCACCGAUGACACUGACAAGGCGGAGUUGUUUAGUGCUUUCUUUGCAAAACACCUUGCUACCGAAUCCGAUCCGGUCCCUUUCUUUCGAUCACUUUCAGAUAGGACACUAAGUACAAUUGGUGUCUCCUCAGAUCUCAUUAAGAAACACAUAAGCCGUUUGAAAUACUCACACUGCUCAGGAACGGACGGGAUUCCGAAUUCGAUUAUUAAACAAGCGCCCGAUCUUCCCAUAUUGCUUAGUCAUUUCUUCUCUGUUUAUAUUUCAAAAGGAUUCUUUCCUGAAACAUGGAAAACGUCAAUUAUCAUUCCCGUCUUCAAGUGUGGAUCUCGGUCCGAUGUUAAUAACUAUCGGGGCGUGCACAAAACGCCGUCUCUAUCAAAGCUUCUUGAAAGGAUUAUCUUCCAUGAAAUUCUUGACUUCUGUCUAGCUAAUCGGCAUCUGAGCUCUAGUCAGCAUGGAUUUUUACCUGAACUAUCCUACGAAACAUGUCACUUGGCUUUUCUUAAUCUAAUCACUUCUCUUCGUAAUGAGCAGCAGUCAGUGGUUGUUAUUUACUUUGAUCUUAGCAAAGCCUUUGACAAGGUGCCCCAUAGACGUCUUUUAGUAAAAUUGGAAGCUCUCGGCAUCCGGCCGCCUCUACUCGACUUCAUCAGGUCCUAUCUGUCCAACCGAUAUCAGAAAGUCAUGGUCGGUAAUAGCUACUCGACACCUCACUCGAUCACGAAUGGCGUACUUCAAGGCACGGUACUGGGUCCGCCACUCUUCCUUCUUGACAUCAACGAUAUUUCAACUGAACUCGGAAGUUCAUAAACUUUCGUUUAUGCCGAUGACCUCAAGUGUGUUUACUCAUACUCUAAGGACACCGCAAACGUUUGUGUUGAAAAAAUUAAUGCCGAUUUACUACGCUUAAGCAGAUGGGGUUCAACAUGGCAGAUGGAGUUUUCAUCAUCCAAGUGUAGUUUCAUGUCUUUUGGUCCUACCAAACUUCAAGGCCCCAUAAUUUUUCAGAAUAACCCACUCUAAGAAUGCCUCACCAUAAAGGACCUAGGUCUAAGUUAUACAAAUAAGCUUGCUUUAUCACCUCACGCAGAUAGAAUCUCUGCCAAGGCCGCGCAGAUAUGUGGAUUCAUAUCGCAUAAUUUUUCCUUCCGGAAAUGGAACAAAAACUUUAUCAAAUGUUUGUGCUUCCAGUCCUGGAAUACUGCUGUCCUUUCUUCGGUUUAAUGAACGCCUGCGACCGUAAUAAAAUCGAAAAUGUUCAGAGGGUUUUCACCCAGAAACUGUUCUCUCAAGCUUCGUCCGGUAUUUCUUAUACUCAGAGAUGUCAGCUGGCGAACAUGAAGUUUUUGUGGGUUCGAAGACUCGAAGCUGGCCUUUGCUUCCUUUUUCGCAUCAACUCUAGCUCCAGUCUUCCGCUUAUUGACACUCUCACUCCGAGAGAUCGGUCUUAUACCACGCGCAACUCCUGCAUGGUGAUUCCGCCGCCUCUUUGUACUACAUCUAAGCGCUCCCUCUUCUUUGCUUCCAAAUAUGCCUUCCUUUGGAAUAAUCUUCCGCCUGAAAUUAGAUUAUCGCCUAAGUUACUGGUAUUCAAGUCGAAAUUACGCAAACAUCUUACACCGGAAAGCAUAAAGGCACUGUUAACGGUCUCAUUCCCGAACACUCUGAUACUUGACUUCGAGAAGGGUCCUCCUGGGAUUUAGUGCUAGAUCUAGUGGUAACUCUUAAUUAUAUCAUUAGAAACCCCUGUUUUGAAUUGGUUUCUAAAUCCACUGCUAUCACUCCUCCCCAUAGCGACAAUUUUCGCGGUUUUGAUGUCAUCUCCCGCAUUCCGACCUCAUGCGGUCUGUCGACGCUCACGGCGGAACCCUCAGUAUUUACGGUCUACUAGUAGUUUGGUCGUACCUCCCUUCCCCACUGCUCGGCUGAGGUCGAAGCGUGCGGUGGCCGAUCGCAUCUGGGUUCCUCUCGUCUGGCCUCUUUGACGCGAAUAGUCUCAUGCGGCGUAUGAAUCCGGCCCAGACGAUGUCAAUUGUGUAUCCCGUAUACAAUACCACAUGCAAGCCAUUCCUUCUGACCCGCAUACGUACCCCUCAAGGCUGACAUUUAUUGCUACCCUGACGAUGACCGACAGCAAUCCGUUAUAUACCGCCACCUACAGGCCUGUCCUGCUCGCUUUUUUCUGUCAUCAUUUUUAUUGAGGUUUCUUCUCCUGUAAAAUUAAUGCAAUCAUUUUUAGAUUUUCAUGUGUAGUUUUUUUAACCCCUCGCUUAUCAUUUUCCUUAACGGACUUCUAAUUCAAAAACCAUGUAUUGCACUUGGUACAGAUUUUACCUCCCUCGUCUAAAAUUCGUAUGUAAAUUAAUUUUUACUUGCUUUGAUGGGACCCCGACGGCUCUUUAAUAAAAAUAAAAAUAAUAAUAAUUAUUAUUAUUAUUACUGAUGGUAGGUGGUAUGUGAGUAGUGCCUUUCAGUCGACGACUGACUGGUUGCCCGGCCUUUGAAAGGUGUUCACCCAGAUUCACUGCAGGGCUGCGUAUCAUUCUUUUGUGCAGUAAGGUCUGUUGGUGUCUGUUAUGCCACGACUCAGCAAAACAUAGCCCUCGCGACCUAGCGUAUGCUGGCAGUUCUCUAGCCCCUGGUUCCCUGCCGGUAAAGGCAAUCGUGCUCCCGUUGGGUAUACAGGUCGUAUGCAUGGCUGCCCACUCAUCCUCAUCUUACUGACUCGUUGCUGUCUUGCUGUUGGUUAAAAUACUGGUCAAGUGUUUUUUGUGGACCAGGGGGUGUGGCGGCGCGCCCAGGUGCGGGUCUGGCCGUGCCAGCCCCCUGCACCCUCUAUCCACUCCGUCAUCCUGGCUUUUUCUUGACAUCGGUCUCAGGUGGGGGAGGAGCUAGUGUGGUAGAUGCCGCGGAAGUCUACUCUCAAUAUAAACUCAUCAACGCGCAAGCCACCUCGCGUACUUCGCCUUGCUGUGGUGCCACUGCAGGGGUAACAAGGUAGGCUUUUCCGGUGUCAAUGGGUGGAACUAUCGCGUUGUUGCUGCAUUGUGUCCAAAGACGUCCAGCCGAUGCGCUCGCGGGACACUUUAGAAAUGAUAGGGUGUUAGGAUUGGGGUCCACAGGGCUUAUGAAGUGCGAUACGUUCUUCUGGCUUUGGCAGCGGUGAUUCGGUUGGCUUCAUAAACUGCUGCUUCAGUCUAUACUGCUCUUCUUUAUCCCGGCCGGUCCCCUGAGAAAUCUGCCUAGAUCUCCGUUUUUAUUUGUUGUUGCCUAAGAGUGGAUUUCAGGGUGUCCUUAUAGCAUCGUUCUUUCCAGCUUGUCGGCGUGCACCCGCUCUGACAUCAUCAUAAAACAGUCGUUUUUAUAGACGAUCGUCAUAUAUCCUCGCAAGUUGGCCCCUCCAGCGCAGUUUCAACUGUCUCAGUAUGACGUGAAUGUUGACGAUUUCGGUUCGGUCGGGGAUUUUGCUGUCCGGGAUCUUUUCCUACCACUUCAGAUUCAGUAUUCUCCGAAUACAGCUGAGGUUGAAGUGGCUCAAGCUUUCGGCUUAGUUGACAUGGACGGUCCAUGUCUCUGCGAGUGGAUUGGUGUCAUCGGAACUACAGCCCCAUACAUCAAGACUUUGGCGUUAAAGUAAAGUUCUCGGCUAUUCCAAACUGAGGUAUUUAGUCCGUUAAAUGCGUUACUGACUUUAGAAACCCGGUUUGACACUUCAUCGCCGAUCCUGACAUUCAAUGAAAUUGCGCUGCCUAGGUAUGCGAAUUUGUCCAUAGUGGUGAGCUGAGCCCCAGUACGAUGAUUGGGGUUCUCUCUAGUCCGUUUGUGGUGCUGUUUGAUAUAUUGCCACCGACUUCUGCGUGUUAAUAAUCAAUCCAAAGUUAGCGCAGUGGGGUGAAAAGGUCUCUGCUAUUUCCAUUGCCGCUGCAGUUGUUGUAUUAAGUGAACUGCCUUCCGCGAAAGUAGGCUGUGGGUGAUGUUGUAAAAUGCUCUGGCCGCGCUUUCAUGCGUCAUACCUUGAGUAGUUGUUUGAGGAGCUGGUAGACAAUGUUGAUUCUUGGCCGCUCCUCAUCUUAGGCGUCCGUCAGAAAUGCGGGGUGCAUGAGGCUGAGGAGGGUAGGAACGAGUGCACACCUCUGCUUCACUCCAUUGGUCGCUGCCAGUGAUUCCAAGACAGUCCAAUUUUUUCGUGAAGCAGGCCAUCACUCCGUCGUGUAGUUGGCGUUCAUCUGUGUGAAGCAUCCCGGACACCCAAAUUCUAGCUCGAUCAUUGGAAGUCCGUUACGAUUCAUUUUAUUGAAGGCCUCCAUCAGAUCUACGAAGGCAAUAUCAACAUUUUAGGACAAUUCGUGCAAUUGGCGAGUGACAGAGAUCGCAUCGACGGUGCCGCGACUUCAUCGGAAUGCACCUUGGCUUUCUGGGAGGGGGCCUGUUCUCAAGUGGAUGUUCAGCCGACUAAGGUGAGUGUGGACGACGAUUUUCACGGUGAUGUUGGGGAGGGAAAUGCCUCGGUUACAGUUACAGAGUUGACGGUUGCCCUUGCGUUUGUAGGUGGUGGCGUCAUAAAAACCUGAGCGAUUUGUCCUUGUCACCACAUCUGUUGGAACAGCAAUGUAAGAUUAUAUAUCAACCGCGGGUCGCCAUGAUUGUUAACUUCGGCUGGGAUUGCAUUGAAUCCUUGUGCUUUCCCACUGGAUAGCUGGCGUACGGCACAAAUUGUUUCUGGGAGGAAAUGCGGGAGGCCUAGGCCAUAAUUCGUCUGUACUUGACUGAGCCGGUCGACGGCGGUGUCGGAAAUUAUGGAUGGGGGUUGUGGCUGGUUAUGGAGUGCUCCGCCCAGUGCUUCAGGUCCGAAGAUGACUGGCGAGCCCCAUCCGUGUGCGGGAGCUUCGUUGGCAGAUUAGGGAUUUUGGAGGGCGUUGGAUGAUUACGUUUGAGACUUGAAAGCCGCGCUUUUGGCUUUGACAGCGGCGAUCCGGUAGGCCCAGUCGAUUACCGCCCCUGUUUUUACAGCGCUUAUCAAGGCCGGUCGAUCCAGAGCGAGGUCCUUCCUAUGUCGCUUGAAAGUUUUGUAGACGCUUGAGCGUGGUGGUCAAAGUAUCAUUAUAUCGUCAUUUUGUCCAGCUUGUCGAUGAGAAUUCGCAGCGAUGUCACCGCAUAAGAUUCACUUAGGUAGACGUUCGUCCUCCAUCCCAACGACGUGGCUGUUUCACAAAAGUUCAAUUUGCCUCAGCAUGAUGGCGAUACUGAGGACUUCCUUGUCUGGAAUCCUGUCUUGCUAUCUCAGCUUCAGUAUUACCAAGGGGCACCUGAGGUGGAGGUGAUCGAGUUUCCUGGCUUGUUCCUCGUAGACUAUAAAGGUCUCCGUUCAAUACAGCAGUGUUCUCAAAAGGACGGACUUGUGAAUCUUGAGAUCGGUGUUGCGAUGAAAGCUAUGACGAUCCCACACGGAGGCCUUAAGUUGGCCGAAAGUCUAUCUGGCUUUGGUGAUCUGGGGCGCAAAUUCAUCGUCGAUUUUAGCGCUGAUUCCGAGUGUAGUGCCCAGGUAAGGGAAUCUGCCCACUACUUAUAGUCGAAUGCCGUUGACCGUGGUACGGGUAUCAUCGUGUUCACCGCUGGGCCACGGUUGGAGGAUGGCCACUACUUUGUCCGCACUGACAGUUAGCCUGAAAUUAUCGCAGCCGGUGUCGAACAGGUCCACCCUCCUAUGCAUGGCCGUUGCCAUCGUGGCACUGGACACACAGUCGUCCGCGAAGAGGAAUUUGUGAACAGCGCUUAUUGCUGUCCAGGUGGACGCCCGCAUUCGUGGAGAGUUGACAUCCUGGCCGCUGUUCCUGUGGACGAUGCUGAUCCCCGAGAGAUCGUCACGAUAUUUGUCCAUCAGCAUGCAACAUUAUAUUUCAACCGCGGGUCGCUAUGCUUGUUAACUUCGGUUGGGAUUACAUCGAAACUUUGUGCUUUCCCGCCAGAUAGCUCAUAUACGGCCCCAAUUGUUUCUGGAAGGGCGGGAGGUCUAGGCCAUUAUUUGUUUAUACGUGACUGAGCCGAUCGAUGGUGGCGUCAGAAAUCAUGGAUGGGGGAUUGAGGCUGGUUGUAGAAUGCCUAGCCCAGUGCUUCAGAAUGUGUAGUAUCUCUGUACGAAUUAGUGUUCCGGCAGAGCUAAGUGGCGGUGCGGCUCCUUUGGUGCUGGGUCCGUAGACCUCGUCGAUCGAGACCCAGUAGUUCUUCGUUUCUUUGCGGUUCGCGUACACUAGGAGUUCCCCGACUUUGCUACAUAUCCACGCAUUUUGUAUUUUCUUGAAGACGUUGAUGCACCCGGACGGCAACAUCUGAGGAAGGCCACUUUGUUUGCGUCGGUCCGGCGGUCGACGCAGGCCCCCUGCAGCCUAUUCUUCCAAAUGAAAUAGCUGAGGAUUUAUGAGCCGUUGUCGUCAGCACUAGUCACGACGUUGACGACGUGUGCGAUCGAGGAUACCCAGGGUGGUGGAGUGGAUGGCGUCCCGUAGUUUACACAACCGUGUCUCUAUGACGGUGCCGUCGUCCAGAAACUUCAGGUCAUCCAAGCACUAAGCCACUUGAUUGCUGAGUCCUAAGCGGUAAGCAACCAUAUCCGACGUAACAAUAUUUAGCUUAUCUGGUGGUCGCUCACUUUGUGGUUUUCUGCGAGGUUACAGUGGGAGCUUUUUCUUGAAUGACGGAGAUCCGUUUAACUGUCAGCGCUGCAGACCGCCUUGGUCACUAGCAUGUCCUGUCGGCCUUGCCCCUGGCGGGAAUGUAGUCAAGCAGCUGCCGACACUGUGGUCGGGGAUGCAUUUAUGUAGCCUUCUAACGCAUCAGAAGGUGGAAGAAGGUGCUGCUCAGGAGGAGGCGGUGUUCUGCGCAGGAAGAGGCGGCGGUUUUCGUCGUAGCCGCAAAUUCUGCGGGUACCCUGGACACUUUCUCAGGCAGCGUAAAUUGUUCAGACGCGGACCGAAGUCACCAAGGAAAAUCAGCUCCUCCGACUUUAGCUCAGUCGUCAGGAGAGCGUGCAAGCCUUCGUUAAACUUGUUCCUCAUUUCACCUGAGCCAGUUAUCCGGGAGGGGAGGGGGCUCCGACGCAAACGCAGACGCCGACGACGAAUUCGGCUACCCGACGAUGCAAGUGCAGGGUCAUGAGGCGGUCAUUGCUGUCUUGCAACAGGCAGGGCGGUCGUCCAACGACAUCGUCUCGGAUGAUAAAAGAACACCAGCAUCGCAUUGCUCUGCCCUGGGCGACCGCUCCAGAAGAAAUUGUAACCGACACGCACCUCCAUCCUUUCCUGACGGUUGUUCCGCGUGUUAUCUAACGGAAAAAAAACAUUCCAGGCUACCAAAAUGAACAGAGUCACUGUGCGAGCUUUUGUGAUUGGGCAGGCGGGCUGGGCGGUUUUCUUUUUCGUUUGGCUGUCACUAUCGCGAGUUUAACAUUCAUAAGCCAAGAUAUAAUUUCCGAUGCUAUGAAACCAGCGGUAAUUUAGAACCCCUUUCCAGUCGAUUCCCUUUGAGGGUUAAUUAGUGCUAUCCUUAAAAUGGUUGUUUAAAUAUCCCAGGAGACCGCCGAAAUCCACUGUGUGACACGACUUUGUUUAACGGAAAACAACCCGAGUUGGCCUGGGUCGCCAACGGGAUUGCAUACCGUCAUUUCCUCAGGAGGAGAUGGGGUGGGAGUUUAAGCAGAAUUGUUAGGUGUGGUUUAACAGCUAGAGGCCUGACUGGACGCUCGACCUUCGUUGUUUUAAAAGGCACCCACGUCGGAGUGGUGUUUUCCGUCUUUUCCGUGUCUCUGAGGUCACGUGUGGACGACCAGCCUCCUGCCAACCUACGAUAAGUUGUUCUGGUCACUUUUCUAUCUCACUCCAAGAGGUGCUAUAAGUAACCUAUUCUAUUCUAUUCUAAUAGUUGCCUAUCAUUUUGUAGUUGAUAAUGCAUUACAUUUUUCCGUUUACUAGCCUGCGUCAUAUGAUGUCCCGAAUGCCUGUAUCUCCAGACUCUGCGCAUUUCGAGGUUAAAGAACUUUUUGACAGGAUCCUCGAAGUAGCCGACACUUAUAAGAUUAAACAAUCCACAACUCCCUCCAAUACCGUUCGCGAGUCGACGACGCUUCCUUGCUUGGGGGCCCACACAACAACGGAGCGAAUCUAUGUUAUCCAGUGGUCGAUUGUCCAUGGAAAAUAGGGGUCGGAUGCUGCCUUUCAGUUCUAAAAAAUUGUGUGGCUUUGUAUACGCCCAGUAUGUUUAAAUGGGUGUAGAUCAUUGGGGGAGAAUGUGACUGAUAGGGAAAUUGAGCACUACCGCAAGCUUACUGAUUUUGCUUAGGAAUCCAAUGGAUAGGAUAAUGUAACGUAUUUAAUUCGAGGUUACACUAAGGACCGCGCCAGUUAUCGACAGACUAGGAACGUUUGUUUUAGGACGGCACUGGUAAUGCGGCUGUGAAGUGAAUGCGCCAGAGGGCGAGGGGAUCACUGCUGUGGUUGGAGUGGGGACGCCAUUCCUAGACUGGCAUAUUGGCAUUUUCAGUUUAGCAUUUUCGCGACAAGGACUGAGGUGCAUGGAAAUGCGUGGUGCUUGGCGUGGCGAUGCUUGAGUGUGUGACGAACGAUCUCAAACGGAACGUUUUUGGCAGAAAUCGGGCUCAUUUGAUUCUUCAGUGCCAGAAUCUGUGCUCUGACCCGCCUUUGACUAAAGUAUUUGCUCAGGUUUACCUGGGGUUACUUGUGGGGUGCGUAAGGGCAUAGCCACAAAAGCAUAUUGCAAAAAUGAAUUCCCUAAGCUAGACAUUCGCUGAGUUUCGAAUGGAGUGAACUGGGUUAUGAGAUGGCAAGGCACUAGAGGGAGUUGAACACAACCUGUUCAACAUGGUGAAAUCGGCUGUGUGGAUUGCCGACAAUGUCCAACUUUUCAACUUUCUCUUCAUCGGCGUCAGAUCCAAGGAAAAUAAAAAAUGCCACUUUCAGCAUUAUUUUCUCGUCAUCUCCUCUCUCGGCAAGAUGGAAUCGACUUCUACCAAACAGGAAAGCAUAACUGUGACUGAUCGUUGCGAUUAGAUACACGUAGUCGUUUAACUUGUGCGACUCUGAAUCCAGAAGAACAACUUUGUGAAAACAAACAGAAGGACACGAGAGCGGAUACGUGAUUGGGAAUACUGAGCAGCGUAAGGUUGCGCCGGUGCUAUAUUUGCUGCCCAGGUUUGGAGCUAAUAAGCCCAAUGAGCCUGAAAGCCUGUUGGAUAGCAUAGUCUGUUGCGCUGAUCAUUUUUUUCUCAAUAGGUAAUAAAGUAACUUUACACCGUAAUCAAAAGGGAUUUUCCCAUGACCUCUAUAAACUUUGCUGUACAUCUAAUCCAGUGUAUUCAACGUGAUUUGUGUUAUUAAUAUUAUUAAAUGAAUCGUAGGAGGUGCAUUGCGCUUGGUUUCCGGGACGUGUGUUGCAUGCACACGUGUUUUCAUGUUUAACUUUUGCCUCUUCAUCUUGCUUAUUUUAAGUGUUUUUCCAAUGCUUCCCAUCAGACGUGUUACGCUGAUUUUCGAAUUCCCACUUCUGCCGCUAACCUAAAACGGCCUACCCUACAAACCAACAUAUUCUCGCAAUGUGCUGUUCUAAGGUUUAUUUGACGACUUCUCCCUCCUUACCACGUCCGUCCUUCCAAAGGUUUUGGUUUCGUUUCCGCCAAUCGCACGUUAUGACGCUAUGGGACAAAAGUUAGGGCACCGAUUUACGUAUGAAAACGCUCAGACCCGAAGUUUAUAGACCGAUUGGAAAGGAAACCGGACUGAAUUAUUGAGAUAAUUGAAUAUUCUUUGCAAAUCUUCAUCAACAUGGAUCUUCAUUGUAGUGCCCCGGCAAAUCAAUCCACGAAUACGCGCACAACAAAACACGCUAUAAUGACUUUACGCGGUCGAAGGAGUUAAAUAUAGUUUAUCAGAGCUUCCUCCCCUAGUUAUGCUGGCCUCAUUUACUGAUAACGUUCUUUUCGAAGAAGUCAGCAUGCCAAUUUUAAAAAAUGCCUUAGUAAUCAUUUAGAUUAUUUAUUAUUAUUCAAGAAAUUUGUAAGAGAACAUGUCGAAGGUGAAGAACUCAGUCAGAACAAUUUGAUUCAGCAUCUCAAGGGAACAGGUAUUUUUUUUAACUACAAGCAAAGUACAAGCUGAAUUUAGAGAGCUUCAAAAUUUUGUUUACAUCGAAAAUCAAAGGAUGCAUCUUUCGCGUCGUCAUUUUUCCCAUGAAUUUAAUACAUUUUUAAUUGAAGCCCAAGUAAAAAAGAAUAUUCUGUGAAUUGGCUUAGAAAAAAUGGCUAGAAAAGACUAUACACAGUUUACAUUCCAUGUGUCAGGAAUUAAAACUGUCGCUUGAUCCUACGGUUUCGCUUUUGUUUAUUUUUGAAUUCUUAGAGGCCAGCCAAAAUGGUAGAAGUAAUAACGGAGUCAUGGAAUGAACUUUCUACCCUUUUUAAAGGUAAAGAAAACCUUAUUAUUUAACGAUAAGCUGCCCGCCCCGUAAAACCUAUUUUUGGCCCAAAGGACUUCCUCAAUGCACUUCAGGCCUUACAGCAUCCAAGCAAAUAUGGGCACGACGAUCCUUUGCUUAAGAGGUUUCCUUACGCAAUGUUUUAAUAUUUUUUUAGCUCUUUAUCAAAUUUGCCCUUACCGACAAAGGACUUAGACGCACUGGUAACUGAUAACUGGUAAUUAUCGUAGAUUUUAGCGUAAAAAAUAUGCUUCGUUGAAUUUGACCUGUAUGCAAAACGGCGUUGAUGAUCAAUCUUCAGUCAGCAGCUUUUGCAAUGCCUUGCGCGAACUACAUUCAUUAAAAGGUUUUUCAAAUAUUCUAGCUAUUUUUUUUAGUCUUGCAACAUCGCUCCAGCCAGCAUGCGCGCGUAUUUCUACAAAACGGUUGCCCACUGGGAUUUCGGUCAAAAAUCUGGGCCCUCUGCCUCAACAUAAAUGUCACCAGGAGCGUAAGUUUCACUGACUAAGAUUGCAAACAGUCCUGUAUUGUGAGAUAGACAAGUAAUCUGUGAAUGUGGUUCCUCGCGAUCUCUAAUAUUCAGGUAUGGGCAGGCAAAUUCACUUAGUUAAAAAAAGUAAUCACUGUGAUAAUUUUGACAUUCAUUGUCAUGUCUAGGGAGUUAUCAUGCGCGACUGUCCUCUUAAAAUAUCCUUACCCGUAAGCGACUGGGGUUACAUCAGAGGCAAGUAUGGUACCUGAAGUGAUUAUGCGUAGGUGCAUACACACAGUAUCCGGAGCGACACGAGUCCCUAGUAUAUUUUGUCCAGAUGCGAUUUUUUUGUAUAACAGUUGGAGGUUUCAGUCUCUGACUGAGACUAAUUCGAGCUGACAUAUCGUACAGGUCAUACAGCUUGGAAGCCGCCGUCUACCCUUAUACACCAACAUCAACCGACCUUAAAAAGGCGAGACCAAUCGUCCUAACUUGCCAUGUAUACACUGGAAACUCGACACAAAUUCGUCUGGGACAAGAAUCGCAUUGUAGGUGUCUACUCAUCUAAGAAAGGCCGCGACAUUUUAGAGGCCAUUCAUUCUGAUAACUCAUGCAUCAAUCGACACAUAGAAUUGGAUGCUGUGUACAAUAACCUCAAGGAAAAGUGGAAAAGGCAUUGGCCAAUCGGAAGAUUACGCCAGCAGGAGUGACGGAGCAAAAUAGUUUUUAGGCAUGUUUAAAUGUCAACUGUUUUGCACACUUACUUCACGUCUGAGAACAACUUGGGGAACAAAAGCUGAAAAUUUACAACCAAAUUUGUUUAUCUUUCCCAAAGAACUUAUUUUUUCCGAAAUAUAUGUGUAUUUGUAUUGGUUGAGGGGCGAUCAUCGAUCGUGUUACGGGACUCUUUCGUCCCGUAGUUCGAACCGGUAGUUCUUUUUAACAUUUUGCUGGUCAUGACAUUGACACUUAUUAUAAUUCAUUUGGGCUAUGGAGAGUUAUAAGUUACCAUACCUAAAACGGGUGUUAUCAAAGGGUUAUCCGGUAUGUCAGAACACUUAUCGGAAGUUCGACGGCUCGGUCCCAUCUGCAAACACGCAUCACCCUAUUUGUAAUGUUAUAGCUCCCCGUGUCUAAUCAUAAAUAAAUAUUAUCGGGUUCUUAGAAUUUACGGCCUAACUAGCACGUCUAAAGGUCUUUUGUCUACUUGGCACAUGUAUAAAAUCGAAAUUAUGGAUGGAUUCACCUGGAUAGUCUGUGUUUUACUCGAUUUUCUUACCAGUGUAGAGCAUGGUAAUUUCAAAAGCAUUUUCACGCCGUUUUACUCCAAUUACCGUCGUAAGUGGCGAGACCCCUUAUUGUUCCGACAGUUCAGCCGUGUCUUGAGCAUGCAUCUGUUUACCAUAAUACAAACCUACUCUACGUUUAUCCACUUCUUUCUGCUAAUACCUAGUUCAUUCAUAUGGUAAGACGGAACCAAGACGACCGUAGGGUGUCGUUGGUGUAGAGUUUGAAAGCUAAACGACCCAUCUGCGCGUACCACGCGUGGCCUUGGUCUUCGCUGCAAACGUGCCAAGCUUGCUUUAGAGGACGUGUCGGUUCCCAUGCUUAGGAAAACGUUACAAUCAGAAAGUUCUUGUCAACUGACCGCGAGUCACAAAUAGGGUUCCAGUUUUCUCAUCAAUCUGCAGACUCUCAAGUCAUGAAUCUUAGCUCUUUUCGAUAGUUUGGAGGCACGUUGCUUGUUUAAGGUUAGGAAAUAAGUCCCUGUAUCCGUGGUAAGUUGAUUUCACCAUAUUUUCUGCCUCUCCUACUUUAGCGGCCAAUCUGGACUUUUCGGGUGACUCGUGAACAAAUUGGCUUCAGUGGAUAACGGCGCGUGAGCCUCCGGCGAAAAGUGCCACACGCAUUUGUCAUACGGCACUGGUUAAAAUUUCUCGCGACCCAGUUAGGCUUCACCAUGAGACGCCAGUUUUAGUCUAGUGCUAUAACGGUAUAUUCCGUUCGGGAGAGGGGCUGUUACAACCAGCUACUUUCAGGCAUAAAGAUUUCCAUAAACUUGUGUGAGGGUCAAACCGCCGCCGUUCAAUUCUUUAUUUCAGGAUUCAAGCACUCCUGCCAGUUGGUAACUUCGAAAGCCCAAAAUCUGAAACAUCAUUAACUGUUUCUCCACCUGUCAUGUUCCAUUGGCUCAGUGAAUGAAUUAAUUGAAGUAAAUGGUUUUCUACACUUCCACCAUAUGCCGUAAGUAUUUUCGGUUUCGAACUGAAGGACUAGGGAGAUUUCACCCAAAUAAUUUUCUGGGCGCAUUAUAGGCUCUCUUUGAGUCUUACCAUCCAGCAUCGUCCAGGUCGGUCUCGAACAGAGAUGAUUGUUAACAAGCGGUAAACUUAAAUACCGUCUCACAUGUUAUCAGUAAAACUAAAAACUUGGUUGGAACAUAUUGCCGACCCGCCCACGGUAAUGUUUUCUAAUUAUAGGACAGAGCGUACUAUUCCCAACUGAAACAAAAUGUGGCAGAAACGGAUUUGGUCGUAGACCAGUUGGUGCACAAGGUAAAACAUCGUGCGUUAACCAAUGCUGCUGCAGGAGAUGCAGUUAAUAGUCGGAAAUGACGAGAUGUACUUCGUGUUUUGCGACUACAUUUACAAGGUAAGAAUCCAAAAUUUUGUCUCUUUGCAUUUGCAAAAAUAUUCAUCGUCGAAAUAGUUUACUGAGUUGAGCAGCACUUAUUUGAAGCAUGUCAUUUUAGGUUUUGGAGUCGCAAAAAUUCCCAUGGAAGUAUUCGGAAGACUAGUUGGCUAGGACUUGUUUGCUUCUGGUAAAUUCUUGUCAGGCCAAUACAUUCGUAUGGGAACGUGGUCAGGUAAAACAUGCCAGUGAUUGGAGAGAUCGACGAAAGUUUAUUUUUAAACACGAGUUGGGUAUGGGAAUAGGGGGGGGGGGGUAAAAAGCGCCAAUGCCGGGAGUGCGGUGGGAGCGGAAGGGCGCGGGGAGUUGACCUUUGACCACGGUAAGCGUGAAGCCUGACCGGGAUCCCUCUAAGCUCACAAGACCGGCCUUCUUGACGUGAUUGUGGCUGCCUCCGCUGCUGCUAACAGACACUGACCCUUAUAAAUCACACGAAAAGCUCCGCUGGGGUUCACACGAUGCCCGAGAUCAAACAUAUGUGCGAUAAGGUGCUGUUUAUGCUUGUCGUUUUGCCUUUUCCCGGCCAUGCUGGGAGAUGUUCUCAUAUUCUUCUGGAUAGACGCCGAAUCGUGCGACUAUCAUAACCUGCUCCAAAGGAGCAAGUGAGGGAGUAGAUGGACAUUGCGGUGGUCCUAGAUAGCAACCUCUCCUUACCUUCUCCGCGUAAAGUGGGGUCAGUCUAGAAUAAUAUUCGAACUCUUCCUGCUGGGAAGGUUCUCGUUACCCCCCUUUUCCCCACAUUAAAACACCCCGCCUGUGUUCUAAUACGGACUUUAAUCGAUUUCUCCGAUCAUUUACAUGUUUGACUUGACCUAGUUCCCAUAUAAAUGUACUCGUCUGACGAGAAUUUAUCGAAAGCAAACAUAUUCUCGCCAAGUAGUUUUCCGGAUUUUACGUCUUACUCUGGCACGUUUCUUGCCCGUUAUUCUGUCUAUAAUUGCAGUGGUUUCGUUGUCUAUCCUUUAUAAUUGGACCUAACAUCUUGAUAUCCCAUUUCCUUGUCUGGGUGUUCCUUCAUUUACACGCGACAGUGCAACGACACCGAGGUUUCAGGCAGUCUAUUUGUUUCUCAGAGGAGUUUAUGGUCAUGACGGACUCGUGGCUUUUAAUAAGUUGGGUUUUGAAACCAAUAUUAACACCCUCUUUUUUAGAAGGAAGGAAUUACUGUUACGUUCAUAAUAACAGAUCUGUCGGCCACCCAGUAGAAAAACAGUGCUUCACUGGUAUCCCUUCUUUGAACGUGUGUGCGCUUAACAUUAAGGCAGCAGAGGAAACCCACAAAUGUGCGUUCAAGCUUCUGUUUCACUACGAGUGUAGUAUAACUAUCCAGACUGUACGUUGCCCUGACACCAGUGCUACCCAUUUUCAUACGGUUGUUUGAAUUGCCACAUGAGAACUUUUUAUGCAAUUUUCAUCGCUGUCUGUGGGGUAGUUUAGGAGACAAUGCCUACGGGUGGGCGCAAAGUUAGUUUCGUUGUACACUUUUCGCUGAGGAACCGCUGCCAGAGUUUGAAAAUGAUGUUUAUUUUCAGUCGCGUCUUCUUGAGCAUUUGUUUUCUCUUCAAUUGAUGUUGAAAGUACCCCACUCAAGAAUACAGACUCUGUCGUACGUUGUGAAAAUUUCUGCUUUUCGCCUAUCGAAACAGCCAUUUCGGUAUUGUCUCGAAUAAAAUUUUGCCACGUUAUGUCGAGUCUACUUACCCAUUCCCCUGGAUGCAGUGGUUGUGAAGUCAGUGUUUUCGAAUAUUACUGAUUAGGCAUUUGCUUACCAUCUGGUGGUAACUUUGGUUUUGUUGCUUAAGUAAUGCACUUUAUUUUGCAAAGUUUUAAUAUUAUGAUUUUUGUCUGUGUAGACAAUAAUUGUACAAGUAUACUUUUAAGUAUUUCCUGCCUAAAGAGGCUUUUUUGGAAAUUUCAAUCCCUCCCCCCACCCAAAAAUCACUAUUUCCACAUAUGUCUUGAGAUUUCUGUCCUUGGCCUUAAUGUUUUCGUAGGCAGUUAUGCUACACUUGAUCCUUUGUUUCUGUCCAUUAAGUUGUAUAAGGCAUGUUUUUGUCAGUUUGCCUAAGAAGAUACUUAAGGUGAACAGACACACAAUGCGCAAUAAAGCUAUCGUCGUGGGUGAGCUGAAAAAUCGUAACUGUUAGAAUUUGUACGCAUUUUUCUCUGUAGUCGCAAAAUAUGAAACUAAUUGUCAUGCGUAAAGACGGAUGCCCAGCGCGUCUCUUUAUCGCACAACCACUCUAUUAGUGAUUUCUAGGGGUUAACCCUCUAAUUUGUCUACCAGUGGGUGGUUCUGACAGUCGACAUUAAGUGGUUAGUCUUCUGAUCCGCCCUAAGUCAGUCACGUUCAUUUCGCUGUCCUGCUUCAUCUCGAACGUUUGUUCAUCAAAUGGUCCAUUGCAAAAAACUCCCGUCUACUUUUUUCACCUGAGGUGCUUUUGCCGUUCCUGCGGGAUCCAAAAGUUAUGGAAGUCUUUGCGUCCUAUCCUGGAACAGCAUUCAAGGCUUCGCGGAGAAAGAACAUCGAUAGUGUCAUUUACCCCCCGUCCGGCGUAAUCCCUUUUCAUGGAUUUUCCAUGUACGGUAAGUCCACGAAACCUUUAAUGGCACUCUAUUCAAACCUGAUCUUACUGUAGUCUUCCGGAAUUCUUCGUUAUCAUAGUUGGCCGUUGAGACACUGCCGUUUGAGCUAUGACCAUCACCCAUUGCAUGAUUUUGACAGAAUCCCUAAGGCGGUUCGCUGAGAAGGCUCGCAAUGUGUGAAAUAGAAGACGAGUAUCAGGCAAGAUCUCGCAAAUGAAAUCAUUGGUAAUGGAUGUGGUGCAUGAGUUCUACUGACUAGUGCUUAACGUCAUAGCUGAAGGUACUUCACGGUUGGGGCGUCCUUUGAUUAAACCCAGCGCUCUGUGUCGUUGCCUAUUACGCGGUUGAGGAGUUUUGUUCAUUUUGUCAAUAUCUUUGACCCGUUUCUGACAUUCUGACACGCGCGGCAUGUGACUUAUCCAACAGCCACCACCCAGGAUGGCUAUUUGGCUAGCUGACAGCCCACAAAGGUAUCGCCGACAUGCUUCGGUAUUGCGAUUGCGGUCAAGUUAACAUACCAGCACAAGUUUUCCUAACCAUCCAGUACUGGAGUGAAAUGCUUCCUAACCUCUGUUCCCUCGGGGCCAACCUACUGAUUCAAGCAACAGUUCUUGAGCAUAGCCCUAUUAAGCCUAUUAGAAAUUAGCUCUAAUAGUACUGUGUUUUUAACGAAGUACACAUAACAUGACCGCAACGAUAGACUGUAAUCAGUGUGAUGUUGAAAUUAAGACAAGGUUAUCAAAAGCCCGUCUUUAUGCUCCUCUCGGAAGUGACUAAAGUAAUUGUUCAUUGUUAGGGCGAACUAUAUCAUGUUGCCAAUUUGCAAUUCUACUGUGUCCGUAAGUUGGGUGUUAUAUUUAGAAGUUAUCUAAGUACUCUAGUUUACAUUAAGGUGGAAACCUGCCAGGCAUGAAUAAAAUUCAACACGCGGUACGUGCAGUCAGUCAUGCGGGGGAGAGAAGGGGGAUGAGAGAACGGCAGUGCGAAGUUGGUCACGUGAUCCAGCUGCCCGCUAGCUUAGAUAACUUCCCUCCCUCUCUGUCCCCCUCGCCAUGCGCACCCGUAUAUCAGACCAACGUUCGAUGUUUUAUUUACUUAUCAUGUUUCAUCCCUCUCGGGCUAUCUCUGAUUGAACAGUUAACCUUAUAAAAACGCAAUGACCGUGUGCAGUUGAAUAAGAAGUCACGAAAUUUAAUAUCGUCAAUGAAUUCUGCCUGUUUCGUCGCCUUUGCUUUGUUCAAAAUUAUUCCGGGAAAACAACGCUUCAAUACUUGGAAGUCCUAAGUUACUUGUUUGAGGUGAGUUUCGGUAUCAUCGAAUAAAGGUCCUCACAAGUGCUUAUCGUUUCCUACCCUUUUUUCUCCCCCAUCUAACUCCAGUGGCUCCAUUGUGCUACCUUUACGAUGAUCCAGUCCAAUUAUACAUCGUGUUUCGACAAAUGUAUAUGAAUUACUUCCAUCGCCUACACAUAAUCUCCGACGACCCGGAGGUGAGUAACAGCUCUGUGCAGCAAUUCGACCUUUAGGGCAUUCUGAUUCUUUGUAUACUCUUCGAGCGCAUUCUCCAAGACAAGGAGCCCGAACUAGUCAUGCACCUAACUUGCGUUGGCGCUCCACCGUAGGUUCCCUAUGCUCUUUUUAAAACAAAUUACACUGCAUGAUUUCGCACUUUUAGACUUCGCUUGGCAUUUAGAUGGAUUCUGCGCGCCUUCAGUGGUUACUUAUCCCCCGAACAGGUCCUUCUUCUAUGGGACAGAAUCCUUGCCUGGGAUUCCUUAGAAAUAAUUGUAGGUGAGCCACAGUUCGCAAGCGUUGGUUAGAGCCGAAAACUCUGCGACCAUUCAGCUUUUUUCCACACCGUGUAAAUAGACAUCAGACCGUAGUUGGGACCGGUAGCUAACGGCGGGCAAGGAAGUGAGCUGCAUAAAACCCGCGAUGGUUAAAGUUUCAUUGCCUAAAUAUGGAUAAAUCUCUGGAACGUUUGCAUACCUUAGAUGUUACCACAUGUUACUGAAUGGAGUUUGAUUUCAUGCCACCUAUACUAUUUGGUUCGACUUAAAAUCUUGAGUAGGGCGUUUACGGGUUGAUUUCUUGCGUUGUCCACUUUUUUCAAAACCGUAAAUGUGCUUGAUUUUUCCUCUUGUUUGAAGUCCUUGCAGCUUCCAUUAUGUCGCAUCGCAAAAGAAACCUGAUGCAAGCGGAGAAUUUGACGACAGUCGAGGUACAUUUGUAUAGGCUAAACUUCUUAGAAAGAUCUUUCUUCUGCUUCUGAGAUAUACAGAAAUCAUUCAUAUAUUAAUAGAAUGCUCAGAAGCUUGUCAUUAUAGGCUCUUGAUGCACUCAAAAGAUAGGUGUUCAAAGAAGCUUUGUGACUCUAGGUCAAGCCACGUUCAUGUAAACACUUCUAUCGAAUUUUAAGGCGUGUGAAACAAUGUAUGACAUUGCAGUAGAUCAAACAUGGGUGCAUUUUGUAAAAAAAGAUUCUUGCCUUUCCACAUUUUCGACGCGUUUGACGCCGUGGACAGUUAAUGUUGACUGUGUGCUUGGUAGUUCGCGAGACCACCAGCCACACCCGGGUAACCGUUUUACCAGCGCCCAAAACCAGAUGAUAUCUAGUUGGUAUUUGCCUUUAGCGGCUUAUAAUGAUCAACAACCUGAUCCCACGUUAAAGUCGCUAGUCGUUUGGGGUAGACUUAAUUACCGCGCAAGUAAAUCCCUUGAUUUAGCCAACGCUAGCAAAGAGAAAAUGUCAAAGACGGGAGAAUUUCUUCCAUUCACCACUCAUAUCUGUUUUAGGGCAAUAGUCAAUAUAAACUGGUAAGGUUAGGUGGCAUAGACUGAAACAAAACUGUAUGAGAACGAUGUCGUAGGAUGUAUAGCAAAAGGAACGACUAUGAAAAGUCAUGUAAAACUAUGAGAUGCAUAAGCGCAUUCACCACUUGCCCACCCAGUGGAACGACAUGUGUUCUUACGCGGCCGCUGAAGAGGAACCAAUCGCUUUGUAGCAUGUAUGGACGGAAUUUUAUACCAUGUUUGCCUGUGCGCCAAUCUCAUUUCCAAUCAUCUUGAACUUUUCGUGCAAACAAAAAUGGGCAUGGGAAGAUAGUGUUGGGCAGAUACUGCGAAUACCUACCCAAGUCCAACUCACGUUCUAAUUACCCUUACUCUCCCAGUGUAUGCGUUGUCAUCGUGAUACUCAGCUGAUGAAGGAUCAGGUCGUGUGUGGCCGCCAUAUGACGAAUACGCCUGAGCUGGAAGGUAGCGUCGAGACUUUUAUCCCAUUUUAACAUUAAUUGGUCACUUCCAGUUCUCUCUACCAAUACUGUUGCCCAUGAUGUUAAACUGAAGUCGCAGGGGUCUCGGCCUGCGGAUAUGGGCGACGCGGAGGCAAGACACGAGAAUAGUAGGCCCAAUAUUAUGCCAUAUUCCAGGGACUUUAGGGUUAACGUUGGGAUUGUGAGGGUAAGUUAGGAUUAGAGUUAAGUUUAGGGUCAGGGUUAGGGCACGAGAAUGCUUGCUCUUCCUGGAAUUUUCCACAAGGCUACCUACAUUGCCCGGCGGCGGAGUUCCUAUUCCUGAGUCUUACUGUCACGAAUUGCGGACUUUCAUAGGACAGGUCCGCGACUUGUGCUGCUGGGAGAUGAGCUAGAAAUUUUUGACAGAAUCGAAGGAGUAGAUUUUUGCAGAUAAAGGGUUACUAAACUUCUUCCUUGUUAAGUUAGCAUGCCUGUAUGUAUGAGCGAGAAUUCGAAGUCUGUCAUGGGUUUAAAUUCGUCCAAUACCAUUGUUCUGCCUGACGUAUAACAGUGACUUUUUAUUUGGUCACUGUCAACAUGGCCUACAAAGCUUGCCGAGAAGACCUCUGAUGAUUGCCUAGACUGUUAACGUUAUAUCCUGUUUUUAAAAUAGUUUCACCUUUCCAAAACUAUAAUUAAGAGCAUUUCUGCCACUUUAGGCCGUUCUCGCUGAUUUUUCAACUCUGAAUGUCACAAGCCUGCUGCAGACUUUCCUUUUCGCCUCCUCAACAGAAUUACCAAGGUCGGGGUGA